GCUACCAUUGACGACACACGCACUCGCACACUCGUUUAUAAUAUCAUCCACUCUUUUUUUUUUCAAUAAAAGCUCCUUCCUUCUUCACCUCUUCCCUUCUGCCUCCUUUUUCCACCUCCGAAGUUCACCUUUUCUUCCGAGUCUCUCGUUAGUUUGAUCCUGUCACGAUCGUUUGAACGUUACAUUAUCAGAGGAUCCAUCAACAUGGCAUCCUUCACCCGUUUUUUCGUGGCACUAGCCUUUUGUGUCUCUCUUUUCACCGUUGUCACCUCAUCUCCAGCCUUUGGUGCGAAGGCCGGUAAGACGGUCUCACUGCCCGUCGCCCACAAUGCUGACCUCCCGCGUCAUGGCCCGACUGAUUACCUUAGAACCCUGAAGAAAUACAAGCUCAAAAUUCCCGAUGGUCUGCAGGAAGUUGUCGAUGCCCACAAGGCUACUCACCGCAAGGCCGUGGAUGCUGAGAUUGGAGGCUCUGCUCCUGCGUCUUCGCGUGAUGGCGAUCUCCUCUGGAUCACCCCGGUCAGCAUCGGUGAACCCCCUCAGGAACUGUUUCUAGAUCUUGAUACCGGUUCCUCUGACACGUGGUUAUUCUCGACCGACACGGACAAGAAAGGGGUAGCCGGACAGACUCUUUGGGACCCCUCCAAGUCCUCCACUGCCCAUUUGGUCCAGAACUGCUCGUGGUCUAUCAUUUAUGGCGACUUUUCCACCUCUGAAGGCAUUUGUUACCGGGACACAAUCUCCUUUGGCAACCUCUCAAUUGCUAACAUGACAAUUGAGUCUGCCACUGAGGUCUCGAGCAUGUUCACCGAUUCUGCGUAUAUGUCUGGCCUCGUGGGUCUUGCUUGGCCUUCCAUCAUCCAGACGGUCCCUCCUCAGAAGGGUCUUCUGGAUUUCCUUCCCCAAACGUUAAGCCAGCCCGUGUUCACAGUCGACCUACGCCACAACAGCAGUGAUGGUACCUUCAACUUUGGCUACAUUGACGACAGCCUACAUGGCGACCAGGUUGAGUAUGUUGACGUCGAUACCACAGACGGCUUCUGGACUGUUUCACACAAGGGCUUCUCUAUCGGGGGGUCAGAAAUUAAGUAUGAGUUCAACGAGGCACGUGAAGUCAUCAUCGACACGGGUUCUACCUUAUUCUUCGCGCCAGACGAGGCGGUCAGCACGUACUUUGACAGCGUCCCUGGAGCCAAUUAUUCGUACAGGGACUAUGGGUGGGUGAUACCUUGCAACUCAACUCCGCCCGACUUCAUCUACGAGCUCGGCGACGCUGCAGGAAACACGGUUACUGGAUCGAUACCCGGUGCGUACUUUGUAUAUGCCCACACAUCGAAUGAGUUGUGCUAUGCUGGCAUACAGUCUCUUGGCUCCUUUAGUGAGAUGCAGGGUAUUUUUGGUGAUAUCUUCCUCAAGAGUGGCUUUGCUGUUUUCGACAUUGCCAACAGAAAGUUUGGUAUGGCCCCCAAGCUCUUGAACACCAACAAUAAUAAACGAGAGAAGAAGGCUGGAGAUGAAGGCCGUAGUUGAGCUGGGAGAAGGAGGAGGAGGAUUGGGGGUUAGAGAUGAUUCAUUUGCCUCCUUGGAUGUCAAACGAUGUGGAUGGGUGUUUACGCCUGACAUCUUUGCUGUCAUAAUGGGCAAGUCUUGGGUCCCUAGACGCAAUUCUUCAUGUUUGUGCAUACGUGCUAGGUAUGUAUGAAUCUUGGACCUCUCUUUGUUGAGAUAGACGAGUGACAUACCAUACUAGUACCUACUUAAUAAUGAUAGAGAGAGAUUGGUUCGAUAAAUUGAUGCUUUCAUCUUGCCUUUUGCCUCGUGCA